UUAUAAUUUUGGUCUAUUGAAUUUGUAACAUUCGUUUUUCAUUACAAAAAUUGUUUUUUUGGAAGAAAUUUGUGCAAAUAUGGAUCCUUCAUUCGAGAAUGGACUUAUUGAAAUUAAUCUUUCAUCAGAAUCGGAUGGUCAAAGUAAUAAUGUUUGGUAUGAUGCCUAUAUCCUAGAUGUACAACCAUCACAAUCACAAUCAUCAUCAGCUCCAGAAGAAAAUGUUGAAAUUGCCGCCAAUGAUGGUGAUAAUGUUGAUAAUGAAAAAAGCAACAAGAACAGCAGCAGUGAUGGUGAUGAUGAAAAGCAAAUUUUAAUGGCAAAAAUUGUUAUGGCAAUCAAAAAUGAACCCGUAUCGAUUACAAUAUCACAGAAAAAACAUUGCCAUCAAUUGCCAAUAAAUCAGAUUCGUUUGAAACCGAAUCCCAAACAAGUUGCAUUGUUUGCAGAAAAUAGCAUAAUCGAAGUAAUGACUGUCGAUGGAAAUGAGAAAUUUAUUGCUUGGAAAUUGGCCAAAAUUAAAAAAUUUACCGAUACCGAAGCCGUGGUUGAAUAUUUUGAUCAAAAUGGUCAAACAAUUGAAUCGAAAUCUGUGGAAGAAUUGGAUGUAAUCAGUCGUAAAGAUAGUCGACCACCAAAUUCAUUCAAACCAUUGAAUGAUGUAACAGUUGCUAAUAAUCCAUUUGCACGUACCGAAUUGGCUGUACCAUUUUUUCUUCAACAAGGUGAUUCUAAAUGGCUUUGUAAUGUUGAUUUUCAUGAACGUUUUCGAAAAAAUGUUGAUAAUUUAAUCAAUAUUACUUAUGAUGAUGAAAAAAAACUAUUGAUUUGUCUUGGCUAUACACCCGAUUGUACAGAAUAUUCAAAGAAAAAAUUCAACAAUCAAUGUCAAAUGUUAUCGGAUUUUCAUUUUCGUGCAUUGAAAGAAACACAUUCACUUAAUAAAUAUCUGAUGCCACCGAUUCAAAAUCAAAAUCCAAACGAAUCAUCUUUACGUGUUUUUGUUGCAAAAAAUUUACUUGGUUUAGCUAUUGGUAAACAAGGUUCAAAUAUUAAAAAAGCACGUGAAAUUGAUGGUAUUCAAUCGGUUGAACUUUAUGAUCAUAUUAGUAGCUUUAUUAUUAAAGGUAAUAAUAUGGAAGCCUGUCAACAAGCAGCAAAUUUAUUGAAUAUUGUACAAGAAUCGAUUGAAAUUGCUGAAGAAAAUAUGAAUUUUUUUAAUGAUGAAUUAAUUAUGCAAGAAUUGGUUGAUAAAACUGGUAUCAUAAAAUUUGAAUUAAUUCCAUUGGAACCAAAUGAUUCAUAUACAAAUGAUGAUCCUCAUCAUCAUCAUCAAUAUUAUCAACAUGAUAAUCGUAGAAAUCGUUCAACAACAAAUACUAAUCAAACAUUUAUGUUAAAUAUUCUUGGUAAUCGUGAAAAUGUUGAUAAUUUUAAAGUAUUAUUCAAUUAUCAAUUGGCUGAAUAUAUGGAUAUGAAAAAAUUGCGUGAACAAUUUAAAGGUCUUGUUGGUGGUACAGUACGUUCGUCAUACAAUCAACGACGACGUCCAAUGGGUGGACGAAGAUUUUCUGAUGUAUUAAAAAAUCGAUUCUAAAACGAUCAGAUUUUUCAUCUAUAUUUUUCUUUUCUUUUUUCUAACCAUAAUAUGAUAAUUACACAGUUGAACAGUGAAAAAAACAUAGUUGCUUCAAAAUUUUGUUUUAAAAAAAUCACUCUUUUUGUAUUUAAUCAUUUUCUUUCUUUC